UUAGAAAUCAAUGAUUUCCGAAAGAUACAGAUCGACUUGGCAGAAAUUCACCAUGAGGUAGUUGCUGCAGAGAUCCUACUAUAUUGUGCCUGCAAUGUGAUAAUUGUUCCUCGGAAAUCCACAGCUUCUUUCUGCAGCUUAGCAAACAAAGAGCUCAAGCUACAGAGUUUGGACUGA